ACAAGACGACGACGGUGGUUCAGACCGUCAGACGAGCAAGUACAUCCAUGAUCGGUAUAAGCCAACCUACCAUCGUGACCACACCAUUGUACGUUACUCCAAAAAAAACAAAAAAUAUGAGGAGAAGAGAUGAGCUCCAAGAUAAGGAGCGAGCGUUCGAUCGAGCUAGCUAGCUAAAGCUAGUGCAGUACAGUAAAGACUGCAGAGGCGUAUAUAUAUAGCUUAGCCGCCAUUAUUAGCAGGCUUUGUUCAGCAAGCAGCAAAAGAGGGUACAAUGGCGCGCGAGGAGCUCCGGGCGCGGGUGCGGGCGGCGCUGCCGUGGACGGUGCGGCUGCAGCUCCGCGCGCUCGAGGCUGCCGUCGACGCCACGCAGCGCCGCCGCGACGGCACCGUCAACCGCUUCCUCUUCAACCUCCUCGCCGACCGCCGCGUCGCGCCCACCACCACCUCCGGCAGCGUCCGCUCCCUCGACGUCACCGUCGACGCCUCCACGGGCGUCACGGCGCGCGUCUUCUUCAACUCCGGCGCUCCCACCGCGCCGUCCCCGCGGCCCGUCGUCGUCUACUUCCACGGCGGCGGAUUCACGGUCUUCUCCGCCGCCACGGGGCCCUACGACUCGCUCUGCCGCUCCAUCUGCCUCGGCUCCGGCGCCGUCGUCGUCUCCCUCAGCUACCGCCUCGCGCCCGAGCACCGCUUCCCCGCCGCCUACGACGACGGCGCCGCCGCCCUCCGCUUCCUCACCACAUCCUCCGCUGCUUCCCAAAUCCCCGUCCCAAUCGACCUCUCCCGCUGCUUCCUCGCCGGCGACAGCGCCGGCGCCAACAUCGCUCACCACGUCGCCCACCGCUUCACCUCCUCUUCUUCCUCUCCUCCCCCCAACAUCCAAAUCGCCGGAAUCAUCCUUCUAUCCGCCUAUUUCGGGGGCCAAGAGCGCACGGAAUCGGAGCUAGCCCUGGAAGGCGUGGCGCCGAUCGUGAACCUCCGCCGGUCGGACUUCUGGUGGAAGGCGUUCCUGCCGGCGGGGGCGGACCGGAACCACCCGGCGGCGCACGUGACGGGGGAGGCGGGGCCGGAGCCGGAGCUGGGGGAAGCGUUCCCGCCGGCGUUGGUGGUGGUCGGCGGGCUCGACCCGCUGCAGGACUGGGGCCGGCGCUACGCGGCCAUGCUGCGGCGGAUGGGGAAGAGCGUGAAGGUCGUGGAGUUCCCGGAGGCUGUUCACGCCUUCUACUUCUUUCCGGCGCUGCCGGAGUCCGCCAGGCUCGUGGAAGAGAUCAAGGCGUUCGUGCAGCAGGACGCCGAGCCGAAUUCCAAUUCAUCGUAGAGGAACUUCCUCUCCGCACGCGCAUCUUAAUUCCCAUGGCAUCUCUCAAUUGUUUGUACAGUACGUACGUGUUAAGCCAUGCCGUGGGUCAAUAAAAUCGCACUUUUAUAUACGGACGAUGACUUCAAUAAUACUAUUUCCAUUUCAUAA